AAAUAUCGUCAAGUGUCGGGACUGGAUAAAAAAAAAUCAUCAAGUGCCGGGACUCUCUCCUCUUGUUCCUCUCAAACCCUAGACCUCUCAAUUUCAUCUCUCUGAAACCACCGCCAGUAUCGAUGAUGGCUGGAACGAAGCGACGAAAGAAAACCGGGGAGUCAGCGGCGAAGACACCAUCACCCCUUCCCUCCCAGUACACGUUUGUUCCGAGGUCUACAGCGCCUCUGCCUCUUCCCAACCGCCGAUCUGGACCGUCUGUGAGUGAUUACCCACCUCCUGCGCAGCUGUUUCAGACGUCGACGGCCCAACCUCCAGCAGCUUCAGAUCUGGUGCGACAAGCUCCUCCACCGCCGCGACCUCGAGGAUCUCAAACGUCGGCGACUGAACAACCUCCACCGUGCCAAUCUCAUGCGAGUUCGCAAGCUCAAAACUCCGACAGCACACAAUCUCAGAUGAGGGUUCUUAACGGCUUGCUUUCCCAGCCAGGCCGAGAGCGCUACACUCAGGUUCUUUCUCCCACCUUCGAACCUGGAACCACAUGGUUUGGUCGUGACAAGGGCAGACUUUCCCGGAAGAUUAGAAAGAUCUGUACAAACAGAUUUGAUGAUCCUUUCUACAGUUGGAGUGUUGUUCCUACUGAUAGAAAGGAAAGGUUAUUUGUUUCUACAGUUGGAGUGUUGUUCCUACGGAUGAUGACAAUGAGCUCUUCCUUAAGUCCACUUUCAUAAGUAAAAGAGGCAGACCCUAUGGAUCAGGCAGUCUGGAGGAUACUCUUGUGAAUGGGAAGCGGAAGUAUGCUGAAUGCUCAUCUUCAGCAUUCUUGGACCUCCAACAACAGCUGGCUGAAGCUCACCGCAAGAUCCAGAAGCAGGCAGCUUACAACUCCAAGCUAAAAAGGCAGCAAAA